UCCUGUGAUAUUAAAAUUAAAAUGCGGCAAUAAGCAGAGCUGGACUUUCAAAAAUGCUGGAAAAACCACGUCACUCUCCCAAAACAAUGGUUGUCAAUGGCAACACGUCAUAGUAUGUCUGGCUUUGUCACUGACGUCAGGACAAAACCGACCCUGGGGGGAAGCGGCUUGUCCUUAAAAGGCUUGAAUUUCCGGCUCUGUUUAGUAUUGCAUGUCCUGCUCAGCAACUCAUUCUUCUAGACUACAUGCCACGCUUCUCAUCGUCUGUCUGAGUUGCUGGAUUCUCACUUCAUCGUCUCAAGAGAGGUGCCUUCAGCUUUAUCCCCGACUCCUCAACGUUAUCCAUCAUGAUUCAGAAUAAACUUGCCUCCUUUGGGAAGAUGUUGCUGAGGCGUCGCAUGCUGGACACCUCUCAGGACGAAACCCGCUUCGCUCGCUGUCUCACCACUCUGGACCUCAUAGCCCUUGGUGUGGGGGCGACACUGGGUGCAGGUGUGUACGUCCUGGCUGGGCAAGUGGCCCGAGAGAAGGCUGGACCUGCAAUCGUGCUGUCUUUUCUCAUUGCGGCCUUGUCCUCUGUCCUCGCUGGCUUGUGCUAUGCUGAAUUUGGUGCACGUGUUCCCAAAACGGGAUCCGCUUACCUGUACAGCUACGUGACCGUGGGUGAAAUAUGGGCCUUCAUCACGGGAUGGAACCUCAUUCUGUCGUAUGUGAUUGGCACAGCUAGUGUGGCACGAGCUUGGAGCUCAACGUUUGAUGAUCUAGUGCAGAAGAAGAUCUCUGUUUUCUUCAAUGGCACCAUGUCAUUUCCAGACACUGGAAAAGUGUUAGCGGAGUAUCCAGAUCUGUUUGCCCUCAUCCUGGUCAUGUUGCUCACUGGAUUAUUGGCAUUUGGAGUGAGUGAGUCUGCACUAGUCAACAAGAUCUUCACAGGAAUCAACCUGGUGGUUCUGACAUUUGUCAUCAUAUCGGCCUUUGUGAAAGGCGACACUGCCAACUGGAACCUCACUGUGGAGGACUACCUUAACGGCACCAACAUGUCUCAGGCACACAACAUUGAAAAAGAAUUCGGCUCAGGUGGCUUCGCACCAUUUGGCUUAACCGGAAUCCUUUCUGGCGCUGCCACAUGCUUCUAUGCAUUUGUUGGUUUUGACUGCAUUGCAACUACAAGUGAGGAGGCCAAAAACCCCAUGCGUUCCAUCCCGAUCGGCAUAGUGGCAUCUCUGCUCAUCUGCUUCUUUGCCUACUUCGGAGUGUCUGCAGCGCUCACACUCAUGAUGCCAUAUUACAAGCUGAACGUUGAGAGUCCACUUCCUGAGGCCUUUGAAUAUGUGAACUGGAAGCCUGCUCGCUAUAUUGUGGCUGUGGGGUCUCUGUGUGCCCUUUCCACCAGCUUGUUGGGCUCCAUGUUCCCUAUGCCUCGUGUGAUUUAUGUUAUGGCUGAGGAUGGUCUGCUCUUUCGCUUCCUCUCCCGCAUGCACAAGAAAACCAAGACACCCAUGCUGGCAACCAUUGUGUCCGGCAUUGUAGCAGCCCUGAUGGCCUUCCUGUUUGAUCUCGCUGCCUUGGUGGACUUGAUGUCAAUCGGGACCCUGCUGGCAUACACUCUGGUCGCUGUGUGUGUACUCAUUCUCCGGUACCAGCCAGGCAUCCUUGGCUCCAGUGGUGCAGAUGAGAAGCCAAUGGAGCUACAGAGGCUGGAGGCUAAAGGAGCCAUGGCAGAUGUGGAUAGCGGGGAUGAGUACGGCCAGGACCUGGAGACAACUCCCCUCAAGGAGAAGUUUUCCAUCAGGAUGCUGGUGCUUCCUAUCUAUGAUGUACCCACCAAGAUUUCAGGCAUCAUUGUUUACGCUGCCACUGGCACCAUAUCUGUGCUGUUCACUAUGCUGUGUGUGGUGCUGUCGGUGUACAUCGAGCAGGUGGGGAUGGGCAACCCUUUUUAUAUCACUUUGGUUGUUAUCCUGUCUGUUUUGUCCUCUGCCUGCAUCAUCAUCAUCUGGCGACAGCCGCAAAGUAAACAGGAUCUCAGUUUCAAGGUGCCUUUUCUCCCCAUCCUGCCACUGGUCAGUAUGUUUGUAAAUAUUUACCUCAUGAUGCAAUUGGAUGGGCCUACAUGGGUUCGUUUCGCAGUAUGGAUGGCUUUUGGUUUUCUCAUUUAUUUUGCGUAUGGAAUAUGGAACAGCUCUGAGGGUAAAAACAAUUCCCCACAAAAAUUUGAGCCCAUUUUUCAAGGAAAGAAACCAAUCUACCUGGCUGGAGAUGACAGUGAACGUGAGGGGGCCACACCUUAAGAAGAGCGACCGGAUUGGUAUGGCAGCUACGUUACAACCGGUUUUGUAAAAUGCUGUAGUCACUUUCAUUUUUGCACCUUAUAAUUUUUCUGAAGUAUGUAUCAAAAAGUGACAAGAAAAUGAUUUCAAUCAACCUUUUUUAUUCAGUGGGUAAACUGUGCAUUUCCUACUAAUAAUUUACCUUUUGUCAGUGCGUAAUGGUACUGUAAACAGUGUUACUUAUGUAUGUCUGGGCUUCAUUAUGAUAUGGUCUAGUCCUAUGUGUACUUGUAUGCACAUGCAUUUUUCUGAACCAGUCCAGAGAUGGAACAGAGCUGUUACACUUGAAAAAUAUGUGGUGUCUCUGCCUGUGGGUGUUCUCUGGUCAUUUAGAGUGACUCCCCUCUGUCAUAAUUCAUGGGAAUAGGUUACUCAAAGACUUUGUUCAGACAGGCAGCAAAUAUCUCAUCGGGCGUAUCCAACUUGAGUUUUUUUUUGUAGUUCAUGAUGCAAUGUGUAUUUAACAUCCUUUAUGUCCAAAUUCACUUCUCUUAUAGCACACUGUGUGACAUUGACUAGUGGAUGUGAGUAAUUGCACAACGAUGUUCUCUAAUGUGCCUCACGAGUUCAGAACUGCGGCAAGAUGUCAAGGUGGACAUCUUGGCAUUUCUGUCCUCUCUUUCCACCCAACAGGUGUUUUAUAAGUCUCUUUGCAUUAUGCUGCCAUUUACAUCAUUACUAUAGUGACCAAUGUAGGUAGUGACUAGCCUAUCUACUGUAAGCAAAUGGACCACAAUUCAUCCCUUGCAAAAUGACAGUGAGUACAGUCAGUCCUAAAUUCACAUUUAAAGACUGAAUUGGUUUUGUGUGCAAUGUGAACAAAAUCAAAAUAUUUUUAUUGGACCAGAGAGAAUUGGGAGAGUGUAAUAUAUUUAGUAAAAUAGAAUGUGCUUUAUUGUUUUGAACUCAAAACGUCCUUGUAGUACUUUAAUUUUAUAAACUUGAUAUGAUUGAAAAAGUGAUACAUGAAAAAUAUUUAAACUGAUACAUUGGAUUUCAUCAGUAGAUUUCUAUUUGUAAAAGUAUAUUCUUGUAAAUUUUUUGUAAAUGUAUGGAUGUAUUUAUGUACCAGUAGGAAGAAAAUGUAUUUAUUGUUGAUGGUAUUGUAAUUUUUUUAUGUGUGUAUAUAUACAUAUUUUUGGCUUUUUCAAUUCAUUUUGGCAUAGUUUUGUCUAUUGAGCUGUACAUAUUUGGGAUGUAAAAUAGGAAGACCUAAUUGUCUUCAAUGUUAAAAGCGCUUAAUAUCAAAAUCAGACUUUACAUGUUUGUCAAAUUUUCUGAUAUAGUCUUUUUGUUACUUGCGUGACAAAAUUAGUUUUCAUGUUAAAUGUAAGCAUCUAAGUGCUCUUAUUUGUAAUGCAGUUUUUUGCCAUUGUAGUUCUAGUCUUAAGAUAACAUUGUUUAUGCUGUUUUCAUGUUUUUUGUAAAAACAUAGCAAUGUAAAUGCUUUUUUUCUUUAAGGAAAAGUAGGUCUGAAAGUGGGGAUUAUGGAGCUUUGGGAAUUUGGUGGCUUUUUCAUUUGUUGCUGUAAUGUUGUACAUCUUAUUGACAUGGGCAGAAUGAUGUAUGGCUCUUUACACUACACAGCAGUUUGUACAGUAUGUUUUUAAAAGUUAUUACAAUUUGCUGCAAAUGUUGCAACUUUAAAGCCUGUUUUACAGUCAAUGUUUACGCAGUGCUGCUGUGUAGUGGAGCUGGAACUGUUUCUUCCUGUUUAUUGAAAAUUAUAUGUUACAAAGUUGAGCUACGAGUCAGUAGUAUUAUCUUUGAACUGUCACUUCCUUUUCCUCUAAUAAUACAGACCCUUAUGGGUAUUAUUGUAGACUA